UUUGCUCCCAUUGGAAAGGACAGGCGGUGGUCUAUCUUGGGUUAGUUAUACGAAGCUUUGACGAAAGUGUCUGUUCUGAAUAGUAACUUAUAAUAUAGCUAUACUUCGGUUUUUCGAAAUCUAUUUACGAGAGCAGGAAUCGAUCAGUUGUCCGAUCUGUCUGGAUCCACUAAGGGAUCCAGUGACUAUUCCUUGUGGACACAGCUAUUGUAUGGGCUGCAUUAUAGGCUACUGGGAUCAGAAUUAUCUGAAGAUGAGCCACAGCUGUCCCCAGUGCAGACAGCUUCAUUCCACAGCCUAUUUUGAGGAAAAGCACCAUGUUAGCCGAAUUGGUGGAGAAACUGAAGAAGAUAGGACUUCAAGCUGUUCCUCUUGUUCACUGUUAUGCUGGACCUGGAGAUGUGGAGUGUGAUGUCUGCACUGGUAGAAAAUGUAAAGCUUUCAAGUCCUGUUUGGAGUGUCUGGCCUCUUAUCCUGUUACUGUCAUUUUGAGCUAUGGCUAGGUUAAGCAAAGCUACUAUUUAAUUGAGUUAUUUCAAGUGUCAAGUGUCUUAUUUCAAGACAUCUCCAGCCUCACUAUUAAUAUCCUGCUUUUAAGAAGCACAGGCUGGUCAAAGCCUCCACACAACUACAGGAGAGGAUCUGCUCUCGUCAUGACAAGCUGCUGGAGAUUUACUGCCAUUCCGAUCAGCACUGUAUCUGUCUGCUGUGUCUGAUGGAUGAACAUAAAGGCCAUGAGACAGUCUCAGCUGCAUCAGAAAGGACUGAGAAACAGAAGCUGCUGGAUCUGAAACAGACAACGUACCAGCAGAUGAUCCAGGAGAGGGAAAGGGAGCUGCGAGAUAUUAAACUGGGUGUGUUCCACAUAACAACCUUUACAGAUGAAGCAGUGGAGAACAGUGAGAAGAUCUUUACUGAGAUGAUCCGCUCCAUUGAGAGAAGGUGCUCUGAGGUGAAGGAGCUGAUCAGACCCCAGGAGAGGGCAGCAGUGAGUGGGUCUGAAAUACUCCAGGAGCGACUGAAACAGGAGGUUGCUGAGCUGGGGAGCAGAGGUGCUGAGCUGGAGCAGCUCUCACACACAGAGGAUCACAUCCACUUUCUCCAGAUUGUCCAGUCUCUCAUUGCCCAGCUGGACUCUAAGGGUGUACAUAGCCCCUCCUGUUGCCCACGCCUAUGGUUCAAGGAUGUGACAAGGAGUGUGUCUGAGUUGAAGGAGAGACUGGAGAAAAUCUGUCAGGAAGAGGUGGAGAAGAUACCUUCUAAACCCAAUGCCUGGCCCACUACUCAACCCCUAGCCACAGCAGCUUGCCCCCCUGCACAGCCCCUAGCCCAGCUCCAACCUCAGCAGAGAACCCAGCUUGACCCACACUCCAUGUCCUUGGGUCUUGACUCUGUGGACGUCACUAUGAGCAGCAAUCAGUACAAGCAUCUGAAGGUGACCCUGUACAAAUCAGAUACGGACACCUGCUUUGGAUUUAGACUCUUAAGGUGAACUAACCUAUUAGAACCUAUGGUAAUAUCAACUAUACUAAACAACUCACCAACCCAUGGGUGUUUGCAAGGAGAUGAGGUGGUGACUGUGAACAACGUGCCAGUGGGAUAUUAUGAUUUGUUUGAGCUCCAAGAUGUGCUUGAAAGGGCUGAUCUGAUCAUUGUGGUCUGCUGACCCUGACCGUGUGGAGAAAGGACUUGAUAGCAAGUCCUGCUAUAGUCUCCACCUGGGCUGGAUCUAUACUCUGACUCCUUUGACUAUGUGAGAGCGCCUGCUCAGUGCACUACGCAAGGCAAGGUAGCCUAGUGGAUAGAGCGUUGGACUAGUAACCUGAAGGUUGCAAGUUCAAACCCCUGAGCUGACAAGGUACAAAUCUGUCGUUCUGCCCCUGAACAGGCAGUUAACCCACUGUUCCUAGGCCAUCAUUGAAAAUAAGAAUUUGUUCUUAACUGACUUGCCUAGUUAAAUAAAGGUUAAAAAAAAAAAAUUCAAAGGCGAUAGAG